GUUGUGAUUAUUUGAUUAACAAUAGAAUUUAAUCUAAUUAAAUUAAUUUAAUUCUAUUCAUUCAUUUGAAUUUAAGUUUAAUCAAAUUGAAUCUUUAAGAGUGAAUCAAAUGUUCCUUUCGAAUUGCUAACCUCUUGAUGAUAGAAGUUGAUUAAUAGUUGAUAUUAAAUCUUUUGAUUAAAUUAAUUGUCGUUAAUUGUGCGAAUAAAUUUUGAUUCUUCUACUCUGAAUCUUAGUCAUUUGUUUGCUCGGUUAAACGUUUUCGCCGCCAUCUAGUUUUUUCUUCAUCUUCUUCUCUCUUCUUGUUUAAAUCGUCUUAUUUUCUCUGUGCUAGUGACAAUGAUGUCCUAUAAACUCGGUUAACCAGUCUUAACCUCCUCUAACUAAAAAUCACCAAUGGCAACCACCGCCUUAGCCAUUAAUAACCAGUCUAAACUGGAAUUUAACAAUGUCUCCAUUUUAACCACUGACCUCGCAAAUCUCAGUUCAAACAUUAUCAUCUUAAACUCAUCUUUAAAUUAUAAUUGUUUCAUUGAAUUUUAUAAUAAUUUUGCUGAUUUAAAUUUAACACCUUUUUUACCAGGAUGACAAAAUUUGAUUCUCAAUCCUCAUUUGAGGAUUUCAUGAGUGAGGAUAAAUUACCACCAGUUUUUCCUUCAUCACAAUCUUCAAAUGUUUCGGACACUCUGGUUUACAGUCAACAUCUCAUCUCGGAAUUUUGUGAUCGUGAAACCUAUGGACCUUUUGGAAUUGAAACCAAAGAAACCAAAGAAACUGAAGAAGAUGAUUUACUUAAUUUCCUCGGCUCUUCUCUUGCUUAUAGCCCUAAGUCUAUAUCACCACAUUCUCCUUCUGAUGGAAGUUCAUGUCUAACUUUCAGUUCAUCUACACUUGAUCCUUUGGAUAUUGCCCCAGGCCAGUUAGAUACUUAUGACAUGCGUGAUGAUAAUAUUUUAAAUAUCGAAAAUGUGAAUCAUAUUGAGAAUCAUGAAUUCACGGGAACCUCUGAUAUUGACUUUUCAUGUUUAAUCCCACUUUCAUCGAUAACUACACCAACACCACCACCGACACCAAUACCAACAUCAGUACCAGAAGCAACGCCAUUACCCAUAUCUGUUCCAGUGGAAACCUCAGAAAGCUGUAUUAAUAAAAAGCCCUCAACUCGUGGAAGGAAACGAAAGUUGUUCAACAAUUGUGACUCGAAGAAAAAGGAUCAAAAUAAAGAAGCAGCCCGUCGAUAUCGUGAAAAAACCAAGCAACAAGUUGCCGAAUUGGAAGCUGAAGAAGGUGAACUUAUCAAAACAAAUAAAAAACUACGAAUGGAACUCGAAAUAGUAACCAGAACUCACCGAGAAUUCGUUCUCUGGAUCAGAGAUUGUCGCAAAGAAGCAAGAAGGAAAUAAUUUAUGGAUCUUUUUUGUACUAAUUUUUUUUUCAUCUCUUUAAUUAUUUUCAUGCAAUUUAAUUUGAUUUUUUUAACUUUUGAUUUAUUACUUAUAAUUCAAUUUCCAGUGCUCAUUCUGCACUUGCACUAAUUAACGCUGUUGGCAUGAUAUUCAUUCAUACAUUCGUCCAGUUUGAUUCUUCUUCUUCUUCUUCUUAUUGUAAAUUCUAAAUUUAAACAUUCUCAUGUUCACUUUUAAUUAAUGAUUAAACUUUCAAACAAUUAAACUAAUCAUUUAUUCAUUUUUAA